UCCACGUUUUGCACACCAACCCAGAACAAUCUAAUCCAGCAGCGCAAUGGCACGUACCAAGCAGACAGCUCGUAAAUCUACCGGCGGAAAGGCGCCCAGGAAACAGUUGGCCACCAAAGCCGCACGUAAGAGCGCACCCGCCACCGGAGGAGUGAAAAAACCACAUCGUUACCGUCCGGGAACCGUUGCCCUCCGUGAAAUCCGUCGUUAUCAGAAGAGCACAGAACUUUUGAUCCGCAAAUUGCCGUUCCAACGUCUAGUGCGCGAGAUCGCCCAGGACUUCAAGACCGACCUGCGUUUCCAGAGCUCCGCGGUCAUGGCGUUGCAAGAAGCUAGCGAGGCAUACUUGGUAGGUCUGUUCGAAGACACCAAUCUUUGCGCGAUCCACGCCAAGCGUGUCACCAUCAUGCCAAAGGACAUCCAGUUGGCCCGUCGCAUCCGCGGUGAACGUGCUUAACUUUGAUCAUCGUCAUUAGUUACCAUACCUUAAAAAGGCCCUUUUCAGGGCCACCAAAACGUACUUGUAUUCUGGCGAUGGGGAUGAAUAGUGAUUGUUAAUAUUACACUAGCGGCAGUAUAAUUAUAUUAUUACAUAAUUAUUAUACCUGAUAUGAGACAAUAAUAAAUAAAAAAAAACCCUGUCCAGAAUUAUUAGAUUGGGAAUCGAGUAAAUUCGACGGUGCCGACUAUCGUCUGUUUAUUUAUAGAUGUUCGUGUCACGCUCUCUGGGGAAGUUUGAUAAACAGGUACGCCAUUCACCAUGUAAACAUUGACGUUUUUAUUACUGAUUAUCGAUGACUAAACAACAAUUAUCCAGGAUUCUCGGUGUUUAUGUGGCUUCAAUUAAGUAAAAUUCCGAAAGACCCAUGUUGACAUUGUAGACGGGUAUAAUAUGGUUAGGUAUAACUUACUCAGUCGCUCACGUGUUAAUAUUAAUAUUUUCAUAACCACGGAUCGACAGACAACACAUAAUAAUGGAAUUGCAAAGGGGUUAUUUUUAGAAUGUUUUUACCAAAUUUCUUGUUAUCGACGGUAAUAGCCGC